AUGAUGGCUCGACCACCCCUCCCACUAUGGCUGCAAGAUAACCUAACACUAAGGCUACAAGAUGGCCUCCUCUCUUUACCAACUAGCAGUAAUAAUUCGGACGAUAAGAAUUCAUCCCUCACAACGACCUAUAACCUUAUAUCAAAAAGACAUGUAAUAUCGAGUUUAGUAAUCCCACUAUUACGACAUAUGAGACUCAAAAAGGAGAUGAGUAUGAGGUCCAAACAGAAUGCCUAA